CAAGUCUUGGGCAAUGAAAUAAAGUUUGCUAUGAGGGAACCCUUGGGGCUCAGGGUUUGGCAAUUUGUGUCGGCCGUCAUAUUUUCCGGGGUUGCCAUUAUGGCUCUCACAUUUCCUGAUCAGCUCUACGAUGCUGUCUUUGAAGAAGAGUCUGUCAACAGCAAGACGCCCAUCCGUCUGUAUGGAGGAGCCUUGCUUAGCAUCUCCCUCAUCAUGUGGAAUUCUCUAUACACAGCUGAGAAGAUCAUCAUACGUUGGACCUUACUGACAGAAGCAUGCUAUUUUGGAAUACAGUUCUUGGUGACCACCAUCACCCUCUUCGUCUGCAUCAGCAUUUAUUAUUAUUAUCAAGUUGGAUGCCGGCCCAAGAAAGUGUAA